GCUACAGCGUGUGUUCGUCUCGUGAACUGUGAACGCUGAGCUCGUGUGUGGGUCUUGGACGCUGUAAUAUGGAAGAUGAAGAGGUUUGCGAAAGCUGGGAGGAAGCUGCAGACAGCGGGGAAAUUGAGAGGAGACUCGAAGCAAAGUUGAAGAUAAGCCAGAAAACAAAGAAAGCCACCGUCGGCUCAGUUAGCUCCCCUAUACGAACUGCCAUGGUUAUCCAGGACGAAUCUCAACCUGCAGCCCCCCCACCUCAAAUCCGAAUUCUGAAGCGCCCCUCAAGUAACGGUUCUGUGGGGUCAACUAGUUCAUCCAACCGCCCCACCCAGCAGCCGAAGUCACUGGCCCAGCGAGAGGCAGAGUAUGCUGAGGCCCGCAGGAGGAUUUUGGGUAGUGCUAGCUCUGAAGAAACACCUCAGGACAAACUCAGCCCAGACAGACCAGUGCGAGUGAGUGCCCAGCCAGAACCGGUUCGUCCAAACAAUCACCUGAUCCGCCAACCCACGGGCCCCGACGGUACCCCAGGCUUCCGUCACUGCAGAUAAGAGUGCAGAAGGGAGAGGGGGAUCCAUCGUCUCCAUGGGGGCAUGGUGUGCAGGGGAUAAAGGGGGAGGUAGCAUAGUGCAUGAAGAGCAGAGUGGUGGGAUGAAAUUGAACAAUUGAGAUUAUGACAAACAGAAUAUUUUGGCUCACAGAAUGAGAUGAAGUAUCCCUCCCACCCCUUUCUGCUGACUGUUGGCACGCUCAUUGCCUUUCGCCCUCUGCCCUGUCUCCAGCCUGCGCAGAGGGUUGCAGGGAGAUGGCAGAAAGGAGUGUCGGGUCAGAUCUCCUCUCUGUCCCACACUGUGACCAGGGCAUUCCCUCAGGAUUCCACACACUGUGAUAUCUCCCAUGAUGCACCCUGAGCUGCCCCAUGCCCCUCUCCACUGUCCCUCUCCUGCUGAGGACCAGGGUCCUCCUGGGUCCCGGGAAUGCCUGCCCUCCAGGAAAAUGACAGACUGAGUCUGUGGGACUUCAAAGUGGCCAGCGGGAAGUAAAGAAGGAACCUUGCUCCGGAUGUGAGUGUAGGGCCAUGGAUAGAGCAGGGGAGUGACAAGGUGCCACUUCGUGUUAGCAUGUUCAAGCAAUAAUUCCGAAAUCAACAUGUAAGCCCCGUCUUCUAUAGUUAGACUGCCCAUCUGCCUGUGCUGUAUCUGUUAAUAUUUGUCUGUUUUGUUUUAAGUUAUUUCAACAACAACAAAAACAUUUAACUGGUUUUUGUUAUUUUCCUUUGUUUUUUUUAAACAUCUGGGCAAUAACUGAAGGGUGAAUUUGGAAAGGUUGUUAGAUUGUCUUUUCUGUUUUUGCAUCUAGUUUUUUAAAAUUCAUGUCUGUUUUCAAAGUGGGAAUGAUAUAAAAAAAAAAAAAAAAAGGACAGAAAAUGUUAGUGAAGCUGAAUGUUUUAUAGCAUCUUAUACAGGUAGUCAUUGAAAGUAGUAGCCAUUCGUUAAACGAUACUGUAAGUAUAUGUUGAGAUUAGGAUAAAAUAGUUUAUGGAUGGCCAAAAAGUAAUCCUGUAAAAAUGUCCACACUGUGUGGCCUUGUUGCUUCAUUGGCAGAGAGAAGGAAAAGAAAGAGAGGGGCCACAGAUGACAAGGAGCAUAAAGAACUCCAUGGCGUUCUUUUGAUUCAGGGUUGUUUGAAGAGGAAGCCAUUGGCUGGAGGAGUGUUUUAAUCAGCACCUCUGUUCUGUCUUGUCUUUCAUUCUGUCUCUCUCCAGGGUUGCCUUACUUGGAGAGAGGACAGCAUCUGUUCUUGUACGGUAAAGACAUGCUGGAACAAAGAGAAUGACAGAAUAACAAACUGAGUUAGAUGGAGAUUGACAACCAUUUUCAAUUUUUGCUUGGUUAGAAGGCAAUGUUAUUGUUAAGGAGAGUGCCAAAGUUGAACAGAAACCCAUUUUUCCCCAGCGGAGGAACAUGUCAUAGCUCUGGCUAUCUAUCUAGUUUUGUAAAUGAAAUGACAAACUACAUCUUGGCUGUUUUUAAACCAUACUAAAUGUGUUGACUCAAACGCCUUAAAUUAUCUUUGGUUUCAUAUUGGACCCCACAGUUACCGAGGCACCUCAGGUAAAUGCUCUUGGAUGCUGAGAUUUUUUAAAAACAUGAUUUUUUUUAUCUCCUCCCCUUAAGCCCCCUUUAUCUCUCAUAUCUGUCAAUUGGCCAGCCUAAGAACCUCAGGAAAGGUGGUUUUGUUGGCCCCUCUCUCAGGGAGGUUUUAAUGCUGGAGUGGCCAAGCAGUAUUUGGUCUGCUCAACUGUAAUCCCAGAGGUGCAGUGACUGACUGGAAUUGUUGCACAGCCUACUAUGUAAAGAAAGUCACAUAUGGUAACCUUAUCUGGGUGUGAUUCGGUUCAUAUUUGGAUUACACCUAGAGUAUUUUACAUCUGGGCCAUUGAAGAGUACUCUUAACCUCAUCCUUUAUCCUUUCUAGGGAUCACUGAUCAGAGAGGGCUGGACAGGUGAAAGCAAUACAGUGGAGAAACCCAGGUGGAUUGUAGAAACCCCUGUGUGUGGUUUCUACACCUGUCUAGUCUACAUGGAUCAGAGAUCAGUUGGGAAAGGAAGGGAGGAGGAGACUGGAGUCUAGCCCUGGAUUAAUAUGAUCCUCCUGAACAGGGCUGGGCUUAAUUCAGUUUAAUUCAGGAUGCGAAUUGAAAUGUAAUUCUUGAAUAGAAAAUAGCUUUUUUUAUUUCUGAGGAUUUAUUCCGUUUGUGAAGUGAAUUUGAAUUCAAAACUGAAUUGACCCCAACGCUGCGCUUGAUGAGCCUGCGCAGUUCCGGUAAUUCAGCCUUCGGAUAUGGGCGACAAUGAAAUUAUGCUCUUCUCUUCUGUCAUGUGAACACAACAAACAAAUCAGCCUGUAAAGAUUUUUAAAAAAUCCCUUUAAUAACAUAAUAUUGUAAAGUUAAACACAAUUGCAAAUAUUUUUGUGGGUGUAGAGCGUUUUAUUUUUCUAUUUUGUGAAAUGGGAUAUGUGCAUGGACUUUUAGUCAAAUAUUAGUGGUUAUACAGAAACCAAGUAUAGCUGAAAACGUAACCUUAAAUGGCCCUCAAUGACUACAGGAAGCAUUUCAAAUGCAUUAAUAUGACAGAAUUCUUUGAACAAUCAUGUGAAUAUGACAUUCUGCACAACCACACAAAUUGCAUUUCAGAAAUGCUUAAUGCGACCAUUGUCAAUUUUGGUCAGUGCCCAAGGAGCUCUUUGUGCUUUUGAAGUUAUACCUAAUGUACAAAACAUUUUUUUUUUUUUUUUUUGCUUUCAGUUAGGCUAAUGCUUGAAAUUAUUAUUCUAACUUAAACAAUAGCAGUAAGAACUCCCAUGUGUGACUAACAUUCUCUCAGAUUUUGAGUUGUUGUAUCUUUAAAAUUAGUUUGGUGCCAGAAAUUUCGGAUUUUCCCUUGAUGUUGUGGAGAUGUUUAAUAGAGGUCUGUCCUGUGAAAAAAAAUAUAUCAAAUAUGUCUUAAACCCCGCAGUAAGCACCAUUGAUAUGCAUCUUGUGUGUUCUUACCAACCUGAUCUAGAAAUGUGUCAUCCUAAUGUAUAUCUCCUUGGAUAUGUCAUAUGACUGAACACUUAUGUGUCCUUUGUUAGUGUAGCCCAACACAGUGGUAUUCAAACUAAAUCAAAUGAGGUAACCUUAAAAUCGGUACAUUAAAAUUUUUACCUCAAAUAACCUUCAAUUCAUUACAUUUUCUAAAUGAAAAGAAACCAAUAAAUACAUUUACUCAAAAGUGUGUUUUUCCAAUUAUCUUUCUAAAAACAGUUUAUAUAUUGUCCCAUACAAGAAUCUGUACUCUUAUUAAUUUAUUUUACGACCCCACUAGGGGUCGUGACCGGGACUUUGGAUACCACUGCUCUACAAUAUAUGUCAAAGAUGUGUUAUUCUGUGUUCCUGUGUUCUGUCUAUUUUGUAUGAAUAAACUGCAGUAAUUAGAGAACUUA